CCGCCUCCUCCGCAUGCGCCUCUGAUUUCUAAGACUGCUGCAUAGAUAGCGGAACGAUGGUUGCGCGCGCACACUUGCGUUACCUGCGUCCUACAGCUGGGCAAGUGUGACGCCUUUAUCAGUUGCUGCAACGAUAGCGAAGAGUCUUGUGACACCUUACAAGAUCAACAGACUGAUUUCCGCAUAUGCGGUCGAAGAUUCUAGUCCACGACAGUUUAUGCUACAAUGAAUAUAUUCGUCUUUAAAUUACCACAAAACAUCGUUGUAAAGUUGCUAGAUCACCUGAGAUGGUUCAGAACCUCCCUGGGAGAUAAAAAGCGGAGAUUGGCGUGAAUGAUGCAAUGGCAACUACUGGAGGGGAGUAGUAGAAGGUGGAAGGCACCUGGAGGAAAGGAGCCUGGCCAUGCUUAGUUACUCGGGGUAGAGGCCUGGAACCUCCUGGACGACGAAGGUGGGGAGAGGACUCCGAGCAAAUGGCAACCACGCUGGCAGCCAAGCCCACAGCAGCCGCUCUGGCGGCCCUCCACCAAAUUCCCUGGCUCUAGAAUCCUGUUUCUUCUGGAGAGCCUGCGAAACAGACGGUUGAAACCCUUAAACUUCGGCCAGGCGGGAGACCGAAUGGUCGUUUCGCCCCCUAAUCUUCUGCAGCGUUGAACUUCCACAGGCGCUUUUUUCCUUCCAUGCCUGGUGUUAGUGAAGCCAGCAGGAGCCAUCGCUAGAGCCAACAUCACAUUGUUGGUGGCAAAGAAGCAAAAAAAGAAAAGAAAAAAGAAUCUCUUUCAACACGUGCUGUACAUCCUUACGGCACGAAACGGGGUUACUUAGAUUGCCCAACAUUUGAUUAGAACGAAGGGAGAGGGCUUUUUCUUUUCAUAAAGAAAGGGCAUUUCAGUCAGGAGACAACCGGGAGGUAGCAAACUAGUUUUGCCAGUGUCAAAAAGGUUGCCCUGACUCCCUGUUCCUGUCUUGGCUUGCAGACACAAAGCUUUGCAGUUCCUUUCUCUCUCACACACACCCCCCCGUGAACAUGCCAGUUUUGUCUGGGCGUUGCUCACCUCCGAUGCCAGAAGCAGGACAGCCAGAAAUUAGAGCUGAUUGGAGAGCUCAAAAUUCCUGUGGACUACAUUUGAGCUUAGGAGAGGAAACAGCCUACCUGCCCAAGAGCUACCACCCUGAGGAGAGCUCAGGUGGCCUCUUCAACAGCUCCCUUUGUUGUUGUAAACAGCCCAGAGAUAAAAUACAGAAGAAACCGUUCACAAGAAGAAAGAACUUCACUUUUCCACAACAGGCAAAUACAGCACAGAAGAAACCAUAGAGACUUCUUGACGAGAUGUUUCAUGAACGUUUCCUUCUGCUUUCUGGCGCUGGGCUGCUGUUCCUGACAACAGUGCUUUCUCUUGAAUGUACCAAAUUCAAUGUAAAAACAUGCCAGGAGUGCAUCCAGUCUGGCCCUGGUUGUGCCUGGUGCAAGAAGCGGGAUUUCACAAAAGUAGGAGAACCAGAUUCUAGUCGCUGUGACACUGAGCAACAACUCCAGCAGAGGGGAUGCAGUGAGGGCAUUGUUUUUCCAGAAAGCAUUGCCAUAAGUGGCACUGAUCCACCAAGUCAGAAGAAUAAACAAAUCCGCCCUGAGAAGGUGGAUCUGCAACUAAGACAAGAUCAACCUGCUGUAUUUAAUGUGACAUUCCGUCGUGGUCAAGAUUACCCAAUAGAUCUCUACUACUUGAUGGACCUUUCAUUCUCCAUGGCAGAUGAUCUGCAAAACGUGAAGCGACUAGGAGGGGAUCUGUUAAACACUCUCAGAAGUAUUACCAAUGAUGUUCGGAUAGGGUUUGGUGCCUUUGUGGAUAAAACUGUGUUGCCCUUUGUUAACACACAUCCAGAGAAGCUGCAGAACCCCUGUCCAAAUAAGGACACCAAGUGUCAGCCACCAUUUGCUUUCAGGCACGUGCUCAACCUCACAAAUGAUCAAAACCUGUUUAAAGAAGAAGUAGGGAAGCAGGAUAUUUCGGGAAACCUUGAUGCCCCUGAGGGGGGGCUUGAUGCCAUUAUGCAAGCUGCUGUCUGCGGGAAUAAGAUUGGCUGGCGUGAUGUGACUCGCUUACUGGUGUAUACUACAGAUGACGGUUUUCAUUUUGCUGGGGAUGGCAAGCUUGGAGCCAUCUUAACUCCUUAUGAUGGAAGAUGUCACCUGGAAGAAAAUAUGUACAAAAGAAGCAAUGAAUUUGACUAUCCAUCUGUUGGCCAGUUGGUACAAAAACUUGGAGAAAACAAUAUCCAGCCCAUUUUUGCUGUAACCAGGAAAGUGGCUCCCACAUAUGAAAAGCUCAGCAAGAUGAUCCCCAAGUCUGCUGUAGGAGUGCUGCAGGAGGAUUCCAGAAAUGUCAUCAAGCUUAUCAAGACUGCUUACAAUAAUUUAUCUUCCACAAUCAUAUUCCAACAUGAUUCUGUGCCAGACUUCAUCAAAAUCACAUAUGAUUCCUUCUGUUCUGACAAAACAUCUAGGAAGAAUGAACUAAGUGGAAAGUGUGAUAACGUCAAGAUCAAUGACGAGAUCGUGUUCCAAGUAAAAGUUACAGCAACAAAGUGCAUUGACAAUCUGAACAUUACUAUCCGACCUCUUGGUUUCACUGACGCCCUCACUGUGUCUAUGCGCAGUCGAUGUGACUGUGAGUGUGAUGAUCGACCAAAUCCCUCUGACUGCAGUGGAAAUGGGACACUAGCCUGUGGAAUCUGCAGAUGUAAACCCGGUUUUACUGGAAAGAACUGUGAUUGUGAAACUGGAGGCAAAUCUAGCAAGGAACUGGAAAAAAGUUGCCGGAAGGACAAUGCCUCAGUCGUCUGCUCUGGCCUAGGGGACUGUGUAUGCGGACAGUGUGUUUGCCACACUACUGGUGAUUCCAAAAAACAGAUCUAUGGUCCCUUUUGUGAAUGUGACACUGUUAGCUGUGAGAUUCACAAUGGUCAGCUUUGUGGUGGGCAAGGACGUUGUGACUGUGGGAAGUGUAAAUGCAACUCAGGCUAUGAUGGCAGUGCCUGCCAAUGCAAAGCUUCCACAGAUGGCUGCUUGAACAGCAGGCAUCGCGAAUGCAGUGACCGUGGGAAAUGCCGGUGCAAUCGGUGUGAAUGUAAAUCUGGCUACCAGCUUCCCUUUUGUGAAGACUGCCCAGGCUGUCCCUCGCCCUGUGCCAAACACAUUUCUUGUGUUGAAUGCCAAAAGUUUGGAAGUGGCCCAUUUGCGAAGAACUGCUCUGUAGCCUGUUCAAACAUUCGUCUGAAAGAGAAUAGUCCAAAAGACAGCAAAACGUGCAAAGAGAAGGAUUCUCUGAAUUGCUGGGUCACCUACACUAUGUUUCAAGAGGAUGGAGAUGAGCAAUAUUCUGUGAAAGUCAAUAGUGAGAAAGAAUGUCCAGCGCCUCCGAAUGUUGCAGCCAUUGUGGGGGGCACCAUUGCUGGAGUGGCUCUUAUUGGGCUGCUCCUUCUCAUCAUUUGGCGACUUCUGACGGAGCUGAUUGACCGCAGGGAAUAUCGCCGAUUUGAGAAGGAAAAGUCCAAGGCGAAGUGGAAUGAUGCUGACAAUCCUCUUUUCAAGAGUGCCACAACCACUGUUGUGAACCCCAGAUUUAAUGGCCAGUGAAGCAACCAAAGCAACACAGAGAAGCACAAAGAAGCCCUUCAGCAAAGCAAUAGACGAUGAAGGAUUAAGUGCCUUCUCUACAGUGCUUUAGUCCUAUCCACCUUUCUAAGGCAACAACAAAAUGUCCUGUUUUAUCCUUGUUACACAAUGUAUUUUCAGUAAUUGUAUAUGUGGUUUUUGCAACCUUAUGUCAGUUCCAAUGAUAAAAAAUAGUGCCAAGUGCUAGAUUGCUUAAUUGCACAUCUCAUGAAAUUGUCUCAACUUGGUAGCAAGCAUGAAUUGUCUCCUUUGCUAAGCAGGGUCAACCUGGUUUGCCUUUGAAUGGGAGACUACAUUUGUAUGCCCUCUAAAAUAUUCCCCUUAGGGGAUGAGGCCACUCUGGGAAAGGCACCUGCUUGCUUGCAUGUAGACGGUUCCAAGUUCCCUCCCUGGCAGCAUGUCAAAAUAGGGCUGAGAGAGACUCCUGCCUGCAACCUUGGAGAAGCUGCUGCCAGUCUGUGUAGACAAUACUGACCUAGAUGGACAAAUGGUCUAUUCAGUAUAAGGCAGCUUUCUAUAUCCCACCCAAGGCAACUAGGUUUUUUGCGUUCACUACAGGUUAAAGAAUUUGGCAUUCAUAGUCAAAGUGCAGAAUAUUAAAGCAAGGAGAGAGAGAGAGAAAAGUAAGCAAAAAUGUAUGCUCCCCAAAACAUAAGCAAAACUGUUAAUUUGCAUUUAGAGCAUAUUUUGGGGUUACCUUCAUGAAUCAUUCACAGUUCAUUAUCCCUACAUUCAAGCUGUGUGCAAAGUAGGAAAAAUGAUUGUCUCCCCUUUUGCCGACCCUAUUCCUGUGGCUUUAACAGCAGCCUGACAUACAAAAUACAGUAGCUGCAGCUUUCCCCACCACUUAUUGUGCCAGAAAAUGCUUCACCUGCUACAUGUCUGUGUGCCAAUCUAUGGUGAAACACACAGGAACAGGACCCUUUUAAAAGGUGGCAAGCUAGGGGGAAAUGUUUCUCAUGAGUACUGAUGACUGGUUUGCUGCAAUGUUCUCUUUGAGCACAUAUUUUACAGAGUAGGGGAGAUCCUCCUCUCUUUGCUCUUUAAAAAUGGAACAACAUUAAAUAUAUAGGUGUAACUGAAAACAGAAUUGCACAUUCAAUGCCCCCCCCCCCCUAACAUCUUGGAAAAGUUACUCGAGUCAUUUUGAUACCAUCGAUAUGAGAACAUGACUUAAAUAUUAUGAGGGGAGAGAGAGGAUUGAAUGCAGAUUUGCUGUUUUUGCUCCAUGCUUAAUCUAAUAUAGUGUAGAAGUCUAUAAUUGUGGGUAUGUAAAAGGAUGAUUUUCAAUUCUGAGUCUGCACAUUUAAAAUAACAUGUUAAUUGGAUGUUAGGUUCCUAAUCUGAGCAACAACAACAAAGUGCUGUUUUAUGACAUUUACAACAUGUCUUUCUGUGCAUGCAAGAUGAAAACUUACCCAGGGAUCUUCCUGGCAACAUUCAACACCAGGGCUUGCCUCCUAUAUGAAGAAUCCUCAUGCAUCCUAGGAAUAACCAUUUUAUGGGAUACACAGGUGGUGGCCUCUACUUUGAAUGGUCCAUAUCAGUAUUCCUUAGAGGAAUCUUAAGUAUGGACUUUUCUCAAUGCUUAAUUUUUCCUGUAAGAACGUCUAAUAGUCUCUCAUCUUUACUCUAGCAAUGACAAAGAAGUAGCUAGUCACCUACUUAAGGAUUGAUUCAUUCAUGCAUGGACAUAAGUUGAUGUCCCUCAUUCUACAGCCGCAGUUCCUGUCUUAUUUUCCACCUUUUCCCCCAAAGUAUCAUACAUCAGAUAUUAUGAUUAAUUCUAUUUUAUCCUCAUAACAGUGCUGUGAGAUAAAUGAAGCCAAGAGAGUGAGGCUUGGCCAAAGGCAGCCAGUGAAUGCCCUGGGACUUUUACACACAGCAGGCUUUCCUGCGGGUUUACUGUGAACUCGAAGUUGUCCCAAAAAUCUGACGCAAAUAGUGGAUUUUUUUUUACCCCAGAUAUAAAUCGGUCUAUACUUUAAUGUGCAGUGAAAAACCUGAAUUGUGUGUAAACUGCUCCCGAUGCGAGUUAAAGGGCUUUAAAAGAACGUCAUGGUUGAGCAGAGAUCUACCUCGGCCAAGUCCCACAUUAUAUACUACACCACCCUGGCUUUUAAGCUGAAUGUAUAAAUUCUAUCUAUGUAAACCACUUUGGGAAAUUUUGUUGAAAAGCAGUAUAUAAUAUUUGUUGUAUAUGUCAUAAAUUUCAUUCAUUGGAAAGUAUUGUAUCUGAUGUAAUUUCAGACAGUCUGAAAGCUCUGACAUUGUCUCCAUUGAUUGAUGUCAUGAUGGCACAAAUUCUGCAUUAGUUGCCAUAUGAAGAAAUUAAUCAAAGGGCUUUGCAUAAUUAAUGUCAGUUUAGCAAUAAACUGAGAUCCCUGCUGCGUGUUUGCUCCCACAGAGCUUGCCAUGUGGACUCAAGAUUAUUCGGCUACUUCUGGUUGACAAUGCACUAGCCUGACAUGAAGCCGAGAUUCCAAGAUUCUGGGAACUGAAGUUGGCUUCAUCUCAGGUGGCUUGUUGCUAACUGGAGAUCACAGUAAACUCCUGAUUUCACAUGUCACGCUCAAUUUGAACACACAUGUUAUUGGGUUCUCAGGUUAUCGCUGAAUUGACAGUCAUGUGAAGAGCCCCAUUAUGAAAUCCACAUUGUUUGUAUCAAAUUAGGAUCAACUGGGAGAAAACUAAACAAAACAUGAGGGAUGGCACUUUUGCAGUCUACACAGAAGAUGAGUUGUCACUAGAUUUAAGAAAUCUUAAUUUUCAACAAAUUAAAUUUGCAUAUUGGUAGAAACAAUGGGUAGCAUCCAAACUAAGUUAUUAAUGGGAUUUAAGCGAAUCAUGACUAAUUUGUAUAAUCUAUUUCAAUCGUGCGUAACUGUGACUAACUAGUCUGGACUGCAUUCUGCCCAUUAGUUCUGCUACAGAAGCAUAUUGUCCUUGCUGUUAAAAUUAUGUACACGUGUUGUCGCAGGAAUAAUCUUAAGAGGCAUUUCCUCCUCUGAGAAGUGGGUGAAUGCCUCUUAAGCUGGUGCUUGCCAUCUUCUGGUUCUAUAAAUGCUUGCUUUAAAUAUGUUUAAUCUGCUCUAUUAAUUGUGGGAAUCUCUUGAUUUAAAAAAAACGGUUGCAGCCUACAGUAGAGAAUAUAAGGCCCCUUUUGUUCACAUCCUGUGCUUCCAUGAGGCAAAACGCUGACCUUCAUGCUCCUUUCUGCCUACCAAAUGGUGUUCUAGUAGGAAAGACUUGUCCCUCUCGUCCUUUUGGAGAUGGAUUCCUGGACAGGCAGAUCUCAGGUCCUUCCUGCCUCUUUCACCUUCAUACAGUAUUUAGGGCAGGACCAUAAAGCAGCACCUUCCCAAUUCUGAACAAGACCAUCAGAGAGCUCAGCCAAAGUCAAAGUGCUGGUCAAAGAUAUAUUGGGGUGGGGGAACACACUAAUAGCUUAGGACAACAUGCAAACAGUAUAUUAAUGUGACAAAGCAGAGCUGGCAGCAGUUACAGCUUACACUGUAGCCACAUUGAUGAAAAGAGACAAGCUCCCAAGCUGGCAAGUAGUUAGCAUAUUAAAAGAAUGUUGCUUUUCUAAUUGAUCUAGUGUGAUGCAUUGUAAGCCUGUACCGUACAUCUGUGAUUUAAUUGUCAAAAUUAUACAUUGAACGAAUAAACCUCAAACACAGUC